AUGGAAGAGGCCAUUUCUAAUUAUAAUGGAAAGAUAUGGAUUUUCAUUGAUUCUGAAAUUCAAUGGGAAAUCCUUAUGAAUACUGAUCAACAAAUAACUCUUAAAGUACAUUAUCCAAACCUGGGCACAAGCAUUAUCUCUACUUUUGUCUAUGCUACGUGUGAUGCAGGUGAAAGGUCAGAGUUGUGGGAUAAUUUGUAUCAUCUAGCAAGCGCUAUGGUUCUUCCCUGGAUGGUUGGAGGGGAUUGUAAUGUCAUUUUGUCUGAUGAAGAGAAAUUGGGUGGUCUUCCAGUUACUCUUAAUGAAUGUGAGGACUUUGCCUUUUAUAUUAACUCUUAUGAGUUGUUUGAUACUGGUUCUCCUUAUCUAAAUUUUAUGCUGAAACUUAAGAAGCUUAAAAUGGUGCUAUCUCAAUGGAGCAAAGAAACAUUUGGUGACAUUUUCCAACAGCUUGCUAUUAGAGAGGAGAUAGUGAAAGUGAAAGAAGCUUUAUUUGAAGAGGACCCUAGUGUUGUGAAUAGCGUUGUUCUACAAAAGGCUCAAGCUGAAAUGAAGCAGUACCUUAAUUUGGAGGAACAAUAUUGGAAACAGAAGGCACAGUUUUCAUGGUAUACUGAAGGUGAUAGAAAUACAGCCUUUUUUCAUAACUAUGUUACUGGGAAAAGGAGGAACCUAUUGAUCAAAGGGAUUCACGAUGGCUGUAGGCUUUGGGUGGAUUCUAUGAAGCAAAUUUCACAGGAAGCUAUCAAAUUUUUUCAAAAACAAUUCACCUAA